AGCCUAGAAGUCUUGCAUAGACUCUUCAGAUCUCUGCCCCGCCGGGAACAGUAUCACUCUUCUUCUUCUAUUCAGUAUAAUCCAACGCAAUUGAACUGAGAUUAGUUUACUAGCCCAACCAUGGAAGCUAAGCCCCAUAUAGCCGUAGUACCGAGUCCAGGAAUAGGUCACCUCGUCCCAGUCAUUGAGUUGGCCAGGCAACUUGUUCUCCGCCAUAACUUCUGCUUCACAAUCAUCAUCUCCACAACGGGCCCUCCAUCCAAAACCCUCAUAUCCUCCCUUGAAAAUCUCCCAAAUUCCAUAAACCAUGUUUUCCUUCCCCCAGCUUCCCUCGAUGACUUAUCCAGCGAUGCAAGCAUCCAAGCUAAAAUAUCCCUUAAUGUGACUCGCUCUCUUUCUUUUAUUCGCGACGCACUCAAGUCACUGCUUUCAACUACUAGACUUGUGGCGUUGGUUGUUGAUCUUUUUAGCACUGAUGCCAUUGAUGUUGCGAAUGAAUUUAAUAUAUCUCCAUACGUAUUUUACACUUCAGCACAUUUCACUUUGUCUUUGGUUCUUUCCGCUCCAAAACUGGAUGAGAUGGUUACUGGUGAGUUCAGAGACAUGUCGGAACCGGUCAAAAUACCAGGUUGUAGUGUCCCAGUUCAUGCAAGAGAUUUGCCACAACCGUUUCAAGACAGAACAAGCGACGCGUACAAAUGGAUUCUUCACCAUGCGAAACGAUUGCUUUCAGUUGAGGGUAUUCUUGUGAAUAGCUUCAUGGACUUGGGAGCAGAAGUUUUUAAAGCUUUGCAAGAGCCAGGUAAGCCACCAGUUUAUCCGGUUGGACCGUUAAUUCGGUCGAGUUCUAGCAGUGGGAGUACCGAUGAAUCUGAUUGUCUAAAAUGGUUAAAUCAUCAGCCAACUGGUUCUGUUUUGUUUGUUUCAUUUGGUAGUGGCGGGACUCUGUCUCACGACCAACUCAAUGAAUUAGCUUUAGGUUUAGAAAUGAGUGAGCAGAGAUUUUUAUGGGUGGUAAGAAGCCCUGAUAAUUCGUCAUCCAGUGGCUCCUAUUUCGGUGCCCAAAGUAAUGCAGAACCAUUUGGAUUUCUACCAAAAGGGUUCUUGGAAAGGACUAAAGCACAAGGUCUAGUUGUUCCGUCUUGGGCGCCACAGAUUGAAGUCCUAAGCCAUGGCUCAACUGCUGGUUUUUUAUCUCAUUGUGGCUGGAAUUCGACACUCGAAAGUGUUGUGCAUGGGGUGCCUUUCAUUACUUGGCCUCUGUUUGCGGAACAAAGGCUAAAUGCUUUAAUGUUGUGCGAGGAUCUAAAAGUGGGACUGAGACCCAAAGCCAAUGAAAAUGGGCUGGUGGGAAGAGAAGAGAUUGCAAAGGUUGUGAAGCAUCUAUUGCAGGGCGAAGAAGGAUUAAGAAUGCGACACCGUAUGAACAUCCUGAAGGAUGCUGCAGCCAAGGCCUUGACUGAAGAAGGAUCUUCUACAAAGUCGCUCUCUGAGUUGGUUCUCAAGUUUAAAACUCAAAUAGAGACCGAAGAAACCAUUUGAAUGACUCAAUGGCGGGUUGAUUCAAAAGGAUUCCAGCUCCAUCUGUCUGGACUGCAAAGUUAUUUUGAAAAUUGUACAACUAUAGUUUCUGAUAGCGUGGCGGAAAUGUUAAAUAAUAUGGUUAAUGUUUUGGUUUCUAA